UAUUAACGUCAUCGAUAAGACUUUCUAGAGAAAACGUAUAACGAAGUGAAGGGUAUCUAACGUAGAAGGAAUGAUUAGAUAUAGCUACUUGAAAUGGAACAUCGAUCGGUAUGAUGCGCAUGUCUUGAUUCAUUUUUCGUAGACUACAGAAACGGGAGUACAAGAAUGUUUCUGAUGAGAAUAAUCUCGGAAAGAUAAUUGAUGCGGUAUUCUCCAAAAAAAAGAAAAGAAAAAAAAGAAAAAGAGAAGAAAAGAAAAAAAAUUAGUUAAUUCUAAAGAUAUUCUACUUUCUAACGUGUGUUGUUACAGUUUAGUAAAAACAAAAAAAAAAAAAAAAAAAACAAAAAAGUAAUAAGAAAAUAGGAAUGUGUAAAAGAAUUAUACAUAUUUGUUUCCACUUGCAGAGUGUGUGUCUACGAUUAACGAAACUUCAGUAUCAUAUUUAUGGAUAAAAGUAUUAUAAAUAAUAGUGUUUCGUGCAUUGCAUCGUCGUCGUCGUCGUCGUCGUCGUCAUCGUCGUCUUCUUCUUCUUCUUCUUAUUUUUCUACUUCUACUGUUCUACUAUUUCUUCUUUAUUGUGCUCGGAACCCAUUGAAUUAACGUCGAUGAAACGAUCAGGAAUAACGUCGACGAGGAAUCUGCGUCAUUUGCAGGAUACGAAGAUGUCAGAGAAGAAUUUCGAGAUGAGGGAAACAGCUGCUCGUAUCUGUCGAGAUUAUCUUCAUGGUGUUUGGAAACGAGUUACAGCAGAGAAUAUCACCCUUAAACGUAUCAGUGGAGGCCUCAGUAAUUGGCUUUACAACGUUCAGCUGCCAGACGGUGCUGUCCCGAUACGCGGCGAGCCGCGGCAAGUUUUAUUACGACUGUACGGUCAAGUACAUGGGGAAAGGGCGUUGGAAGGACUUAUCACCGAAUCGGUCAUCUUCACGCUACUUUCAGAGAGGCGACUUGGCCCAAAAUUACAUGGUAUAUUUCCCGGUGGCCGUAUAGAAGAGUAUAUACCGGCUAGGCCAUUGUUAACUAAAGAAUUGUCCGAUCCAACAUUGAGCUUGAUGAUAGCUGAAAAAUUGGGACAGAUACAUACUAUGCAAGUCCCAAUUAGUAAAGAACCAACUUGGCUAUGGGAUACUAUGACCAAGUGGCUUGCUACGGCGACAGAUAUUUUAGAAAAUAUUGAUGAGAUUGAUUCGCGCCAGCACGAUAACGUCUACGUUUUGCGAUCGAUCGAUCUCGAACAUGAGAUUAAUUGGUUCAGAGACCUCGUUGCACAAGAAAAACAUCCAGUCGUAUUUUGUCAUAACGAUAUGCAAGAGGGUAACAUCCUUCUUCGGCAAAAUUCGCGAAAGACCGAAUUGGUUGUUAUCGACUUUGAAUAUUGUUCCUACAACUACCGAGGUUUUGAUAUCGCUAAUCAUUUCAUCGAAUGGCAGUACGAUUACACAGCAGGGAAAUAUCCAUUCUUCCAUGAACGUACAGGGGCUGGACCUACGAAAGAGCAGAAGCUCGAUUUUAUCAAGAGUUACUUGAGAACAGUCCAGAAGGAAUCUCAGGCAGAAGAAGAACGUAUUAUGAUGGAAAUAAAAGUAUUUUCGUUAGCCAGUCACCUGUUUUGGGGCCUUUGGAGUAUCGUCAAUGCCAAAUUAUCUGAAAUACCAUUUGGAUAUUGGGAUUAUGCAGUAUGUAGGCUACAAAAUUAUCAAUGUUUGAAAGAAAAAUUAUUAAUUCCUGGACCUCCUACAUUGGAUGGUGCUAUUAGAAGAAAAGUAACGGAUACUGAUUGAAACAACGACGCAUCACUAUCAUCAGCGAGUGAAACUCUUCACCCUUUUGAGGGAAGUUUAAUUUUUAUCAGCCUUAGACAUCAGUAUGCGUAAUGGAUGAACACAGAAAACGUAACAGUAAAAAAUAUGGCUGAUAAAAGAGAUUUUAGAUCCAUCAUUGACAAAAUUAUCAACAUACAAAGACGAAUCUUUCCAUUUGACAUGUUUUUCAUGGAGAAGUGGAAAGAAUUCACGGUGAAAAGAUGUGAUAUAGUAUAAAUAAAUCGCUUUCAUAAUCUUAUGAGAAAAGAUUUAACAGGUAAUCGGAAGUAUAAUGAGGAAUAGAAAAAUUGAAAGGAAUGGAUAAUAUUAUAAAGAAAAAUAUAUAAAAAAAAAAAAUUAAGAACAUAUGCGAAAAGCGAAGAUGAUGCACCGCCAUCAUAACGAUCAUUAAAAUUUGAUAAAUGUGUGUCUUAACUGUUUAAAAUGUGAAAGUGAACUUGCCUACAAAUAAUUGCACUGUACUUAACAAACUUAGAUUAUACAGGAAUUCACAUUUAUUUUUUCAUAUAUAUAAAAAAAAAAUUUUGCACGCGCUUAGUAUAGAAUCUGGUACGGUAGCUUAUUUAUGAUCACACGUAAUGGUAUUAAUCUGUAAAUAUUUCGACAAAAUUCAACAGCAAUAACUUUUGUUUUUAAUAAUUUGCAAAUUAAUAAUUGAUAUUAUACACACACACACACAUACACGGAGAGAAAGAGAGAGAUAGAAUGAGAAAGAGAGAGAAGGGAAGUAAAUAGAAUUGCCAUCAUAAAUCAUUUAUAGCAAAAGACAAAUUGGUAGAAUUAAGUUGGGCAGAUGAUUUUACUAUCAGUCACAAGUAUCUAUUUGAUGAUGCACAAACAAACGAUUUUCGUUAUAUAAUUAGGAAUAUUUUAAUUAUAUUACAUUAAAUUAAUACUGAAAGAAAAUCAUUAUCAUAUUUAUAUCAUUAACAUAGUUCAUAUCGUGACGAUGAUGAUGUCCAUUUAUAAAUUUCUUGACUGCUCUCUACCAGUGUUGUAUAUUGCUUCAUAUUUUAUUGCACGAUGAUAAUAUAUCGCAUUUUUAUUGUACAUAUAUAUAGGGACAGUAUAAUAAUAGUAAAGAUUCUUUGACAAAUAUUUGAAUCUUAUAUUGUAAAUAUAUACACGUAUAUAUAUAUAUAUAUAUAGAUAUAUAUAUAUAUAUAUUUUUAAAUAAAGAUGCUCUUUAAAGAUGUUAAUUUCAUUAUAUUAUCGAAAUUAUCGAUUAAAUAUAUUUGUUUUUUACCUUUUGUUAAAUAAAUAAACAUAUUUUUGCAUAUCGGCAAACUAUAUGUAACGCCGCUUUUAGUUUAUAUUUUUAAUAAUAAAGAUAAUUUUCAAUAGAUCAACUUUUGAUGAUACUAUACAUAUUAAUGUGAAGAACAUUAUUAAUUGGUAAAAUAAACAUUCUUUAUCGUA